AUGGGCGCCGCCCGCUGGUGCUGCGCUGUUGGUUGGACCGCCGCGUGGCUCCUUUGCUUCGCCCCCCUGGCCUUCGGCAUCCCGAUAUGGUUCAUAUACGCAGGCCUGGCACAGGAGCAGCUGUCGGUGGCGUUUGAUUUCGUACAGCAAGCGCUCGGCAGUGGCCAGGCCGGCGCGCCCGCGCCCGCCGACCUGGCUUCCACACGGGAUGCGGUCCUUGGCGCCGCGGCCUCGCUGCGCGAAGGCGGCCUCAUCGCGCUGCUCGCCGCGUCGGCGCUGGCGCUGGUCGCUGCCGCUGCCCACGUCUCGCAAGCCGCCCGCUCCGGUUAG